UUGUUCUCUCCGAGCGAGCUAGGACCUUUUCAAACGUCGGACGGAAUUCUCGCCGCCAGUGCCCAUUCAAAUAUCAAGACCACCUUUCGCCUCUCAUUCGUGUCAUUCUCGGCUCCUUUGAUUUUUGUCCUUGCUUGCACAUACCAUAUGAUACCCCGCUACCAUCAUCGCUCAGUAGCUACACUUGCUCGCACCUCACUCACCACUCGUCAUUUGAAACUAUCACCGAUUCUACCUCAACAACAACAACAACAACCUCGACUGCCAGUUUCCAAACCAGCAUUCCGUUGCCAGCCAGCCAUUUCCAGACGCUUCGCAACAACCACACUUAACAUGUCUUCUGCCACUACUAUCUACGACUUUAAGCCCCUUGACAAGAAGGGCUCCGAACUCCCCCUCUCCACCUACCAAGGCAAGGUAGUCCUGAUCGUCAACGUUGCCUCCAAAUGCGGUUUCACGCCUCAAUACGCCGGCCUGGAAAAGGUCUACAAGGAGAUCAAGGAGAAGUACCCGGACGAUUUUGAGAUCCUCGCUUUCCCUUGCAACCAGUUCGGCGGACAGGAGCCGGGCACCGAGGAGGAGAUCCAGUCGUUCUGCCAGCUCAACUAUGGCGUUUCCUUCCCCAUCAUGAAGAAGGUGGAGGUCAACGGCGACAAUGCUGAUCCCCUCUAUGAAUGGAUGAAGAAUGAGAAGCCUGGCCUGAUGGGAUUGAAGAGAAUCAAGUGGAACUUUGAAAAGUUCUUGAUUGGAAAGGAUGGAAAGGUCAAGGGACGGUGGGCGAGCACUACGAAGCCUGAGUCUCUGAAGGAGGCUAUCCUUAAGGAGUUGGGCGAGUAAACUCCUGUUCUGUCUGUGAAGGUUUGAAACGGAUGGAAGGUGGCUAAGUCGCCCAAGGAUUGUAGGGAUGGGGGCUUGCUAAACUCCAAGUAUGGGAUGGUUGAGUGCAUGAUGGUGUGAUGCUGUCCUGGGAUAAGAUUGUCUGGGCCGCGGGAAAUGCAAGUUUAUACCCCAAGCCAUACGUGCUUAAUCAUCUGUCAUUAAUGCGAUGGGCAAGAUUUGAUGACCAGUUAUGUGAAUGUUAAUGCACAGCACUAAUUUUUGUGAAAGUGAG